AUAUAAAGGGGGUGUUUCGUGGAGCCUUUCGUUUGCCACGGUAGAGAUGGAGCGGUAUGUGCGUGCGGCGAAGCAGCGACACCUGCUGGUCAGUGGAAGAGCCGCUCGCUUACAAACGGGGCGCUUAGCGACACCGGCCUCCAAAACCCUGUCAAAGCGUAACAGUCGGGAGGUUUUCGGAGCCGCUUAUCCCCAGAGAGCUAUGAACCUUUCCCCCAUUGACGAGUCCCUGGACCCCGGGCACCGCGAAAAUGUCAUUCCUGAAGAGGAAUUGCAAGAUCCACCACCUCAGUCAUGCCAAACAGCAUUUGUCUUACAGGAUGCUGUUAGCGUCCAUACUGUCAGCUGUUCGACAAAUUGUGACAGUUCGUCAGACAUGGAUUUGCCAUCUGGAGUCUCUACCUUUUUCCUUGAUUGUAUGGAUUCUGGUUCGUGUGUCUCCUCCUCCUCCUCUUCCUCCUCCUCAUCUCAUGAGUUGGACAGUAGUUACUCCUCUCCUGAAGUGUUCCGGAAUCCGGACAUACAUGCGGAGACUCUUUGUUUCACCAUGGCGGAAGAGCUUGUGGAGCUGCAGGUGAAAAACUCCACGCUCCUUGAUGUGAGCCAUGCUGUGGACAUCGAUAUGAGGCAGCCGCCAAACCUCUCCGCUAUACUGGAGAAUUCAAGGAGACCUGAUGAGAAGGACUUGGAAAAGAGGCACGAAAUUCAGAAUGCGUCCUGUUCUUUCACAUUGCAUAGGACCACAGUUUCGGGUAGCAUAAGACGGAUAAGUCUGUCUGGAAGGGAACCCCAACCUCGAAGAAAUCCUGAAGAUUGUGUUUCGGUCACAGAGCCGCAAAAGAUAGGCAGGGCCAGGCCCAUGAAGUGCAGAAAGAAGGUUAGCUUUCAGUCUGCAGCCGGGAAGGAGCCAGAAAGGAGAGCCGCAGAAGCGCAUGGGCUGACCGUGGCCCAGAUGGCACUGAACGAUCCUCCGGGCACACGCACUGGGCCAGAUCUUUCAGCCAGGGGACGAGGGGACGAGGGGCCGGCUGGCGUUUGUAAGGCAGAUCUGGAUAAAGAUGAAUAUGCGAGAGGUCCAGCAGAGGGCACUGUAGCUGUCCCAGGCAUCUCGGUCCAGAGCAAUGCCAGGGUCUUCCACUUCACAGAUGAAGACGAAAAGAAUGCUGUGUUAAAAAAGAGAGAGAGACCCCGCAUUGUCUUUCCCUCAAGACCGCUGAUUUCGAGGACCUCCCCCACGUGUGGUGAAAUCCAUCCAGUUUAUAUGAAGUUCAAGAACUCGGAAGUGCAUGAUUCUGAGGAGCUGCAUGAAGUCUGCUGGAUGCAGCUGCUCCAUGAGGGAGAAGAUGGUUUCAACAGCUCAAGAUUUAAAAAGAUCCUUACCAAUGAGAGUGUCAUCUAUGAAGAUUAUGGGGAAAUCAGACGAUAUGAAGGACAAUGUUUUCAGUGAAAUAGAUUAUUAGUAUGUUUCAAGAGUUGUGUUAAAAUAGUAUUGCUUAAUAAAUAUGUAUGUUUUGUUUGACUUUAAUAUGGUAUUAAACAA